AUGUCAUUCGAUGAAAACGAAGACGUGUUUUACAUACCAAGCCUUCUGCAAGGUAAUCCACCGAUGGCUCCAGUGAAUCCCAACUAUGGAAGAGCAGUUCAAAAAGUGAAAGAAGACAUCAUUUCGUUGAUGUGUUCAAAAGACAGUUCUCACCUUUCGAUUACUCAGUUCCGAGAAAGGGUCUGUGGUCUCUGGAAAGCCAUACUGAAGGAAAAUUUCAUAUUUAGUUUUCGUAAUACGAUUGAAGUCAGGGCCUAUACGUCGUUAGAUCGGAAAUACUUUGAAGAAUCCGUGAAUUUGAUGGUGAUAGGAAUGGCCGAACUUGAAAAGAAAGUUCAUGUGGCAUUGAGCAGAUGCACAAACCGAGACGAACGUGAGAAAAAAUGGAAAGAGAGUAAAAAACAAAUAAGUAAAGAGGCAGAAAAUCUUGGAAAGAAAAUGAAAACGGCAAUGGAAGUCUUCUUUGAAACCAGCGAAGAUAAGGUAACUCUUGAACAGUGGAGAGAAAAAAUGAUGAUAAAAAUUACAAAUUUCCAAGAAAGUCAAGAGUUGGAGGUCACUGGCAAUUGCCAAGCAGCCUAUCGUUACUGGGAGAAUCGACAAGACGUUGAUGAAAAAAAGCAAAGCUAUUAAAAAGAGCUCCUUCAAAAGGCUAGAAAGUUUAUAACUUCAGCUCAUAACACUGAUGAUGCGGAGAAAUGCUUAGCAGCGUUCGAUCAAGAAUGGGAGAAAUGGAUGGAAGAUGUUCCACCUUGUCAGGAAAGAAGAAAAGACUACGUAAAUACUGAAAUGGUGGAUGUUCUUUGCGAGACAAACCAUGCUCUGAGUACGGAUAUGAAUGGGAAAUUAGAAAAACAAAAAAGUUUCAUACUAAACUUUAAAAAAAUUCCUCCAAUUAUUGAUAUUAAUCAACUUAACAUAAGUGUGUUUACCAAAAUUUACAAUAUGAUCGUAAUUCAUGAUCAGCAAAGUUCAUCAGCAGCCAAGCAUUCGAUAAGGCGCUUGAGUUGGCGAACAAGACGUUGCAAUCAGGCGUUAGAUGUACACGCAACGACCUCACACAAAUGUAUCACAAGGUUAUUACCACCAUAGACAAAGAAACUGAGACAACCAGCUUUAAAUUCCGAAAAUCGCUGAAGUGUGAUAUCCUGCUUUAUACAUUUGCUCACGCUUACAAUAUUUUUGAUAAAAUGGAAGAACGCUAUUUCCAAGAACGAGAUAUUCGAGGCGACCUAGAAAACAACCUGCGACCAAUGUUAACAACGUAUUUCAAAAAUCUUUGCGAAAAGAUGGGAAAAGAAGUGUUGGCUGCAACUUCAUUCGUUGAUGUACUUAAAAAGCCAAUUGAAUCAGAGCUGAACCAAAGUAUGGGUACUGCAGUGGCAAUAGACGUAAAGGCGAACAACAGCGUGUUCCAGAGUAAAGGUCAAUUUCACGCAAGCGUCCUAAUUCAACUUGGAGAGAAAGAAAAAUUUAAACCAUAUAUUAUUCCUUACCUUUUAAAUCCAAUUAGUUUUCUAAAAACCGAAUUGAGGGAAUCGAUUGAAAACUACUGUUUAAUUUAAAGAAAAAAAAAGACUCCAUUAUCGAAAUUCUGAAAAACGAAGCAAAAAAGAUAGAAGCCAGGGUUUUCACAGCGAUACCAACGGCGAACAAGCUGACCAAAACCUCGGACGAGAAUUUGACAUUUUGGAUUCAGAGAUUUGUGGAAAAAUGUUCUACACUUGCAAUCACGAAAGAAAUGUUCUCAGUGGCUGCAAUUGACGACGAUCUGAAAGACAUUGAUGUGUUCGAGGCCAAAGUUCGUGAAAAUGUAGAAAAAAUUUUUAAAUCAUUGAUCAAGAGUAAAGUGGAUCGCGCAACAAUGCAAAAAUGGAAGCCAGCGCCACAUGAUCAUUUAUUAACGUUAAUGUUUGGUUGUCAAUGUUUAUGCCCAUUCUGCAAGUGUUUAUGUGAUCUAACUGAGCAAAAACAUUCAGAUUCGCACUUUACAAGAAUUCAUCGCCCAGGAGGUAUAAGUGGUAACAGAGACCAUAACACGGGAAUGUUAGACAUCACAAUCUGCACAAAAAAUGUAUAUGGUGGCAUAAGAUUUUCGAAUUCGGCUACAUCCGGAGAAUGGCAUUCAUACGAAGAUUAUCAGUCGGUCAAUGAUUAUUAUAAAUCCUGGUCAAUUGCUCCAGAUCCAUCACUAGAGACAUCCACUUAUUGGAAGUGGUUCAUGGCAACCUUCUCGAAAGAUUUGGCAGAACACUAUGACGCUAAGGAGCCAGAAAUCCCAUCAAGUUGGAAAAACCAUUCGUUUAGAGAGGUAAAAGAACAACUUCGACAUGAGUAG